AUGGCUCGUGAGGCGCUCCUGGAAUACAAUCAACUUCAGCCGACUCAUGAGAAGCUCCCACGAAUAGCUAGAUCCAUAAGGUGUCGUCCUCCACCGGUAGGUCUGCUCAAAGUUAAUUUUGAUGGGGCCUUUUUUGCUGAAGAAAACAUUGCUGGUCUAGGUAUUAUAAUCUAUAAUGAAAGUAGAUUGGUUAUGGCUGCUCUAACACAACAGAUUCUGCUGCCUGCUUCGAUAGAGAUGGUGGAAGUGCUAACAACGCGCCAAGCUCUAUGGUUUGCAAAGGAGUUGGGUUUUCACAGCUUGAUAUUUGAAGGUGACUCAAAAAUUAUUAUUAACUCCAUCAAUGGCAACAAAAUGGCGCAACCUGAGUUUGGGCAUAUUUUACAAGACAUUAAGUUUCUAUCUUCUUUUUUUAGUUGUAUUUCUUUUCACCAUAUUAGGAGGCAAGGUAACUAUCUGGCCCAUAAACUUGCCAGAAGAGCCGUGCCUAAUCCGUUGGAUGUUUGGAUGGAGUCUGUUUCUCCGGACACGAUUGAUGUCUACAAUUUUGACCUUCAGUUCAUUACUUAA